GCCAUGUUGAAGUCCCUCACACCGCGGGUCGGCGCCGCCAACAAAGGUGACAACAAUGAGAGCGAGCCUGUUGCCUCCGACGACCAUAGCAGCCAAGUUGGCCACCUUCAACAAGCACGAGAUGCCAAGCGACAGAUCGGCGUUGUGUCUGCCACUUUCCUCGUUGUCAACCGUGUCAUCGGUACCGGUAUCUUUGCAACACCAGGCUCCAUCCUAGCGCUAUCCGGCAGCGUCGGCCUUUCCCUAUUUAUGUGGCUGGCCGGUGCAAUCAUCGCCCUUGCCGGAACCGCAGUAUACCUAGAGUUUGGAACCGCCAUCCCACAAAACGGGGGAGAGAAAAACUACCUGGAAUAUGUGUACAAGAAGCCAAAGUUCCUCGUUACUGGUUUAUACACCGGUUAUGUGGUGUUGCUCGGUUGGGCCAGUGGAAAUUCGGUUAUCUUUGGGGAGUACAUUCUUCAUGCGGCUCAAAUCGAAGUGGACCGGUGGAAUCAGCGUGGGAUCGGCAUUGCCUGUAUCACUGCCGCGUUUCUCAUCCACGGGACGGCACUCAAAUGGGGAAUUCGCCUCCAGAACUUGCUCGGGGGCAUCAAGGUCAUUAUCAUUCUCAUCAUCGUCAUUACUGGCUGGGUCGCCCUUGCAGGGCACCUCAAGCUCCCCGAGGACCGCCGACCACACAACUUCACCAAUGCAUUCGAGGGGACGACAGGAAGCGCUUACGGCGUUGUGACGGCCCUCUACAACGUCAUUUGGAGUUUUGUUGGUUUCAGUAAUGCCAAUUACAGCCUAUCGGAGACGCGAAACCCCGUACGCACGCUCAAGAUUGCCGCGCCAUUGGCCAUCGGGACGAUUUCGGUUCUCUACAUGCUCGUCAACGUCGCCUACUUCGCCGCGGUUCCCAAGGAGGAAAUCCUUGAAGCCCGGCGGCUCGUCGCUGCUUCCCUGUUUAGGAACGUCUUUGGCGGUACCGCGGAACGUGCCCUCUCAGUCUUUGUCGCGCUCUCGGCCUUCGGCAAUGUCCUCAGCGUCAUCUUCUCGCAGGGCCGACUGGUUCAAGAACUAGGGCGUGAGGGUAUUCUCCCCUUCUCUCGGGUUUGGGCAAGCAAUCGUCCGUUUAAUGCCCCCCUCGCUGGCCUCUUCGAGCAUUGGGUUGUUUCCGUCAUCAUCAUGCUCGCCCCCCCGCCUGGGGAUGCUUACGACUUCAUCUUGAACCUCAUCUCAUACCCCCUUGCCAUUGUGAACGCCUUCGUGUCGGCAGGACUGAUUUACCUUUACCUGAACCGCAAGUCAUGGAACUGGAACCCUCCAAUCAGCGCUACUCUCCCCGUCGUCAUCUUCUUCUUCCUCAGCAACGUCUACCUUGUAGUUGCGCCAUUCGUCCCACCAGAAGACGGCCAGAACAUCUACAAAUCCCUGCCGUACUGGAUCCAUUGCGUCGUUGGGUUCGGAAUUAUCUUUGCAGGGGGUGUUUAUUGGCUAGUUUGGGCCGUCAUUUUGCCAAAGGUAGGUAAAUAUGAGCUGGUCCGGGAGACUAUUCUUGACGACAUUGACGGGUGGGAGAGGACGGUAUUCACCAGACGCCCACGCAAAGAUGGGGCUAUAGGGACCCUGCAGUGA